AUGCGGGCUACAAUAAUAAGAAAAGGUUUUGGCUAUUUUGUAUUGAAAUUUGAAGAAAAUCAUUAUCUUAAAAAAAGUAUGGAACAAAAAUUUCAACAACCGGUACCACCACAGUAUACAGUGCAAUACGAUUCGCAGCAACAGCAGGCCCCUGCUGUCCAGUUUAUGCCGAUUGCAAUGGUAACUGCACCAUCACCUGCCUCAUCAUUAACGAGCGUCAACAUGCAUCUUCUAGCAGAUAUACCGCGGUCAUUGCGAGAUAAAUUAAACGCAACUGGUAUCUGUUAUAUUAUAAUUGGUCUAUUAUCAAUUGGUUUCGACAUUGGUCUUGUCAUAAAUGAUUCAUUAACUUACAGGUACGUAAAAGUCUGGACGCUAGCAGACUGAGAUAAAAUACUGCAUGGAUGUCGGAGAAUAACAAUUAUUGUAAUUGGUUCAAUAGUAGUCAUUCUCAUAUCGAUGGGUGUAACAAUAUUCAAUAUUGUUAUCACUGUUCAAGGACGACGAAGACAGCCACAACUGCCAACAGAACGCCGAUUUUACGACGUUGGAAACACAAAUACAAGUCAAUUAAGUUGAAUAAUUCAGAACCAUUUUACUUAAGAAGUUAAUCAAAUUUUUUUCGAUCUAACUUAUCACAUUAAACAGGCAUUUGUUAAUUGAACCGUUGUUAACAACCAAAAAAAUAUAUCUUGAAAAACAUAUUCAAAUCUCAAUUUUCCGCUCAUAUAAAUUGCUCAGAUUCACUUUGGCCAGGUACGGAACGAGUCGAGUCAGUUCAAAAACAAGUUCGAGUGAAGUGCAGUCAAGCGAAAAAAAACACUUGAAUUGCUGUCGACCACACAGGCCUUCAUCUUUCAACUGUCAUGAAUCAUGGAACUAUCUCGUCUCCUGUAGUCUGGUUUAUUAUUACCCCGCAGAUGGACUAAGUUUCAUUGCCUUUCUACAUACCAAUACAAUUCUUAUCUGUAGUUAGCUUUCGACAUGCCUUUGCUGUUUCCACAUCGGAACAGCAAUCCUUCUACUCCUUCCGAAUUUCAGUCAUUGCCAUUACAAAAUACCUCUGAUAGAGUCGACAAUCUGAGUCACUCACUUUUUCAUUAUGACACUUAGUGGCGGAGCCAGGAUUUCGUACCAGGCUGGGCGCAGCCCAUCACUUUUUUU